AUGGAAGCAGAUGGUGUUAUAGAAGGAUUUUCAAAAAGUAUAGAAUUACAUGGACUAAAAUUUAAUAAACUUAUUGGAGAUGGGGACAGCAGCGUUAUGAAACGACUUCAAGAAAUACAACCAUAUGGACCAAACUUUUUUAUCGAAAAAAUUGAAUGUACAAAUCACUUGCUUAGAAAUUACGCUAGUAAACUUAAUACAUUGUCCAAAGUUACAAAAUAUCCGCUUCGUGUUCGAAAAUUUAUUAUUACAAAUAUAAUUCGAUUUCGUUCUGAUAUUACAAAAUCUGUAAAACAUUGGAUAAAAGAUAGUAAACUAACGAAACUACAAAAAAUAAAAGAAAUUCAAAAGGAUUUAGCCAAUGCUCCUUUUCACCGGUUGGGUCAACAUUUAAAUUGCGCCAGUUACUUUUGUCAACCGGCCGAGGAAACUAUAACACUCGAAUUGAAGCAGCAGUUGUGGCAUUUAAUUCAAAACAAUUUUUACGGAAAAUCCACAAAAAAAUUACCAACAACCACAGUCCAGGAAAAUUUGGGAAAAAAUAUUUGA